AAAUGUGCAAUCUUUUGUGGCUCAGGCAGUGCUAUAUGUAAAUGUACAACACCUAUAUGUUUUUACUUUACAAAUUUUCUUCUUUUGGUGUUUUUCAUUCUAUUUCAAAUUUUAUUUUAUUCAAUCUUGACCUUUAUAGCUCUUUAAACAGCUGGAUAACACCAACAGUUUUGCUGUAUUAUAAUCUUUACGGACAAUAAAAUUAUUUCUGAUGCUUUUUUCACAGGAAUUUUAUUAUAAUUAUAAUAUCUAAUAAUUAAUACUAUAUAUAUAUAUAUAUAUAUAUAUUAUAUUCUGUUUACAUAUCAGGAAAUCAGGAAGAAGAAAUUUUACCUCUGAAGUGAUCUGCAAAGUCCGCACACAAUAAGCCUGUAACUUGUGCUGUGUUUUUAAUAUUAGACUUAAAUAACUAAAUUGAACAAAAACUAUCAACUUAAACCUUAAAAAAAUUCAUUGGGCCAUUAAUAAUAAAAAAAAGACUUAAAAAAAGAUCUAGAGGGCCGGAUAUAACUACUUGACUUUGACACGUGAUUUAAAAGGAUGUGUUUGGCAUUUCCGAGUUUAUCCAAAUGCGUUUGGAGAAAUACGUUUUUACUUUCGAUUUGGACUCUUGUGUUGUAAAGACUUUUUUUUCCUGAAAUCUCAGUUUAAAAUUGAAUUACAACUCAACUUCUUGUUGUCAUGUCAAAUGCUCUUUGACACGAAGACGACCAAGAAAACAUUGGCCCGGUGCAGCAUUGGUCUGUCUCCUGUCUUCUGUCCUCGUUCACUUUUGUUCAGGAGCAGCGGUUUAUCUCAUUCUUGAGCUGAGAAUAAAAACUCCACUUUUGGUCCUUAAGGGCGGCUCCCUUUUGAUGUCGUCGGCGCUUCCGUCUACGCAGUGUUUCUUUCUGUCUACUUCCAGACUUCAGGGGGUGUAGCCUAUUUUUCUUAAAAACAAACGAUUCAGAACGUUUAUACCGGCUUCGUCUCCCCGCUUCAUUGUUGCGAAAGCCAGGCGUAACAGGUGUUAAGGUGAAGCUGAAACAUUACCUGAAUGGAUCAAGGUGAGAACGAAGAUGAAGCCUCAAACCCAGAAAACCCCCCGUGUGAGGUUGAUGAGGGUCAGAGUGAAGUUCAAAGGAAAAGACGUGCACCUGAUCCUGAACCGGAAUCUGCAUCUGGAUCUGGACCCAGCUGUGUUUCUCUGAGGAGUGACAAGUCAAAGGAGGUUGAUAUUGAUUUUAAAUCGGAGAGUGUUGCUGCAGAAUGGAUGGACCAGGAGCUCUCAAAAGGUCCUAGUGGUCAACCUACCCUUCAGGAUCAAACCCAGAUUGACUCUACAUUUCAGCUUGUGGAGAACACCAUUGUCACUUUUGUGAAGAAAGAACUUCAGGAAUUCAAGAAACUUCUGAGUGGAGUGGAGAGACAGAUGGAGGAUAAAGAUAUGUUUGGGGUUGACAAAGAGAAAACCAAGAUACUGAGAGAAAUGUUUUUAGAAAUGACAAUUCUCUUCUUAAAAGGAAUAAAUAAAGAGGAACUGGCUGAUUGUCUGCAGAGCAAUUUCCCCACCACAUGCCAGCGUAAACUAAGAACCAACCUAAAAAAGAAGUUCCAGUGUCUUUUUGAGGGAAUCCCUAAAGAAGGAAACCCAACCCUUCUGAAUGAGAUCUACACAGAGCUCUACAUCACAGAGGGAGGAACUGGAGAGCUGAAUGAAGAACAUGAGGUCAGACAGAUUGAAGCAGCAUCCAGGAAAGCAGACAGAGCAGAAACAAGCAUCAGACAAGAAGAGCUCUUUCAACUCCCAGCUGGAAGACGAGAACCAAUCAGAACCGUGAUGACAAAGGGAGUGGCUGGCAUCGGGAAAACAGUCUUAACACAGAAGUUCACUCUGGACUGGGCUGAAGGCGAAGCCAACCAGAACAUCCACUUCCUAUUUCCAUUCACUUUCAGAGAGCUGAAUGUGCUGAAAGAGGAGAAGUUCAGCUUGGUGGAACUUGUUCACCACUUCUUCCCUGAAACCAAAGGAAUCUGCAGCUUUGAAGACUUCCGGGUCAUCUUCAUCUUUGAUGGUCUGGAUGAGAGUCGACUUCCUCUGGACUUCCACAAGACUCAGAUCCUAACUGACCCUAGAAAGUCCACCUCAGUGGGUGAUCUGCUGACAAACCUCAUCAGGGGGAACCUGCUUCCCUCUGCUCGCCUCUGGAUAACCACACGACCUGCAGCAGCCAAUCAGAUCCCUGCUGAGUGUGUUGACAUGGUGACAGAGGUCAGAGGGUUCAAUGAUCCACAGAAGGAGGAGUACUUCAGGAAGAGAUUCAGAGAUGAAGAGCAGGCCAGAAGGAUCAUCUCCCACAUCAAGAGGUCCCGAAGCCUCCACAUCAUGUGCCACAUCCCAGUCUUCUGCUGGAUCUCUGCUACAGUUCUGGAGGAUCUGCUGAAGAGCAGAGAGGGAGGAGAGCUGCCCAAGAGCCUGACUGAGAUGUACAUCCACUUCCUGGUGGUUCAGGCCAAAGUCAAGAAGGUCAAGUAUGAUGGAGGAGCUGAGACAGAUCCUCACUGGAGUCCAGAGAGCAGGAAGAUGAUGGAGUCUCUGGGAAAACUGGCUUUUGAGCAGCUGCAGAAAGGAAACCUGAUCUUCUAUGAAUCCGACCUGACAGAGUGUGGCAUCAAUAUCAGAGCAGCCUCAGUGUACUCAGGAGUGUUCACACAGAUCUUUAGAGAGGAGAAAGGUCUAUACCAGGACAAGGUCUACUGCUUCAUCCAUCUGAGUAUUCAAGAAUUCCUUGCUGCUCUUCAUGUCCACAUGACCUUCAUGAAGUCUGGAGUCAACCUCUUGGCAGAGGAGCAAACCUCAUCUCAGUCGUCCUCACCAGACCAGGAAUCUGCAGAAAUUCAGUUCUACCAGACCUGUGUGAAUGCGGCUUUAAAGAGUCAGAAUGGACAUCUGGACCUUUUUCUACGAUUCCUUCUGGGACUUUCAAAACUAAACAAUCAGACCCUCCUUCAAGGACUACUCGUCCCAACAGGAAGCAGCAUUGAAACAGAUCAGGAAAAAAUCCAACACAUAAAGAUGAAAAUCAGUGAGAAUGUGUCUGUGGAGAAAAACAUCAACCUGUUCCACUGCCUGAAUGAGCUUGAUGAUAAUUCUCUGGCAGAGGAGAUUCAGAAUUUCCUUAAUUCAGGCCGUCUCUCCGUAAACACACUGUCCUCUCUUCAGUGGUCGGCUCUGGUCGUCAUUUUACUGUCAGAUAAAGAUCUGGACGUGUUUGACCUGAAGAAGUACUCUGGUUCAGAGGAAGUUCUUCUAAAGCUGCUUCCAGUGGUCAAAGCCUCCAACAAAGCUCUAUUGAGCAACUGUAAACUAUCAGAGAGAAGUUGUAAAGCUCUGGCAGAAAUUCUUAUCUGUGAGUCCUGCAGUCUAAGAGAGCUGGACCUGAGUAACAACGAUUUGGGCGAUUUAGGACUGAAGCAUCUUUGUGAUGGACUGGAGAACCCCAACUGUACUUUGGAGACUCUCAGCCUGUCAGGAUGUGGGAUCACAGAAGAAGGCUGCGCAUUUUUGGUGUCGGCUCUUAACUCCAACCCCUCCCGUUUAAAAGAGCUGGACCUGAGCUACAACCAUCCUGGAACAGAAGGGGUGGAACUCCUUACACCUAAACUGGAUACUCUAAGGGUGGAUCAUGCUGGAAAAGAAUGGCUGACACCAGGUCUAAAGAAAUAUUCCUGCCAACUCUCCAUUGACAUAAACACAGUGAGCAGGAUGAUUGAGCUGUUCAACAACAACAGCCGGAUGACCCGUGUGGAUGUGCUGCAGCCGUAUCCCGACCACGACGACAGAUUUGAACUGUGUCAGCUGCUCUGCAGAGACGCUUUGACCGGCCGCUGUUACUGGGAGGUGGAGUGGAGCGGGAGGGUAUACAUUGCAGUGAGUUACAAGGGAAUCAAAAGGAAAGGGGACAGUGAUGACCGCUGGUUCGGCUUCAAUGAUCAGUCCUGGAGCUUAUUUUCCUCUGACAACGAUGGUUACUCUGUUUGGCACCAUAACGAAAACAUUUCCGUCCCUUCCUCAUCUCCAUCAUCCUCCUCUAACAAAGUAGCCGUGUAUGUUGACUAUCCUGCUGGGAUUCUGUCCUUCUUUGAAGUCUCUGACACACUGAUCCACCUCCACACCUUUUACACCACUUUCACCCAACCUCUUUAUCCAGGGUUCGGGUUUGAAUUCAGGAUUGGAUCCUGGCUGUCUCUGUGUCCAGUUUAACUUUAAACUGAUCAAAAUUUCAAUCUGUUUCUUUCUGAAACAGUUUGAGAGAUUCAUUUGGAGAUUAUUUACUUUUAACAUGAAAAUACAUUAUUAAUCCCUAAGGAUGGAUAGAAAAAUAAAAGAUAAAAGAAGCCAUCAUUCCAAUACCCAGAUAUUAUUUUUCUUUUUUCCAGUCCAAAAACUGACCUCACUUGGUGAGGUGCUACGCCACAUCAUCAGUGAACACAUUAUUUAGAGAACAAACAGUGUAAUGUAGUCUGCAGGUGAAACUUGAACUCAAGUUAUUAAUUUACAUAGGAUGUUGCGAUGUGAUCAACUGGACUCGGUGAACAGGGUUAAUUAGUCUGAGGAAGACCAACACUAAGACUAAGAGCCAAUUUUUUCAUGAAUUUAUCACUAUUCUCUCAGCUGAAUUCUUGUUCCUCAUGAAUCCAUUGAUCACUAACUAAACAGAAAGUAAACUGUGAAGAAUGACAGCAAAGCUCAUUAGGGACCACUCAAAGGCCAUGUCCAGCCUCAGGGUGUAGACAAAAACCAUAAGAACCAUAGAUGGCGUAGAGCAUCUGAUUGAAAUCAUAUAUCAUAUUUAUUUAGCCCUAUAUCACAAAUCAAUUGCCUCAUUGGGCUUGAAGCAGAAAGUCAGUCAUAUAUUAUAAACAAUAGCUAAUAAACUGGUUGUCCCCAUCCUUAGACUCUCCCUCCCGGUAAGGAAAAACCCCUAAAAAAAAAACAAACCUGGUUUAGGAAAAAAUAAAGAAACCUUAGAGACGCCCACAUGAGGAAGAGAUCCUCUCCCAGGACGGACAGGCGAUACCAGAACUGUUAAAGAAAAAAAUAGCUUAUCUAACUCUGCAACUAUACAUUUUAAAUAGUGUAGCAGACAGGCUUGAUCCGAGCUAACAUUUUUAAAAUCUGAUUCAGAAAGAAGUUUUAUUUUGAAAACUACAGGAGUCUCCCCACCACAUCCAACUAAUUCUUCAGGCAUGUCAAGUGGCUUUGUCACAUCUCAAGAAUCUAUCUGUUACUUUCUUGAAGCUGCUGUACCAACUGCUAAAUGGAAGCCCCCAAGGUAGCAAAGUUAACACAAAACAAUUUGGAAAGCUUAUUUUUGCAGAAAGGAGUCAGUGAGGAAACAGAAGCCUUCAAUUUCAAAAUAAAAUAUAUCUAACAGUCAAAACCAGAAAUUUUUACUUUAAAUUUGGAUUUAUUGUCACGGUUCUUUACAAGCUAUAAUAAUGACGCAGAAUAUUCAGCAACCGACUGUUUAAUGUUACAAAGAUGUGGCUAAUAAAGUUGCUGAAAUGAUGGAUUCAUGUUUAUUAUCAUAUUCAGAAAAUGAAAGUUUUAGUAACCAUUUUUCUUUUCUUUCUGUUUUUUAUCCAUCGCACUUCAAAAGCCUAAAAAUAUAAUUUGUUCUGCCUCUUCAGCGUUGUACAAGCCAAUCCAUGAAAAUAUUGUUUGACAUUAAACCGUGCCCUAAAAAAUGUUGUGGACCACUGAUUUAGAGCCCACAGCUGUUAUCAGUUGUUACUUUUAAGAAUCUGCUUCAAAAUUAGAUCUUAUUGUUACAAAAAACCCUAAGGACUUUUUCAUGAAUGUUGUAAAUGUUUUAUAUAUGGGGUGUAUUAAUUCUGUUGGGAAUCUUUUAUUAGAUUUUUUAUCUUUAUAAACGUUAAAGUCUUGUUGAAGUAAAAAAAUAAAACUUUGGAGAAUGCACUAGGCUUCAGCAAAUCUUUAAGGUCAAAAAAGCUAAGAGAGAAGGAAUUGUGUGUUUUCUAUUGAUAAAAAUGUAUCUUUAAGGCUUUUGGUUGUUCACAUUUAAUGGCGUGUUACAUUUUUCCAAGAUCAAACUGGAAAAGCCUACAUUUUCUGAUGAUUAACUUCAUAAACUGCACCUACUAGAAAUGACAUUUUGAAGUUAUUUUCUUUGUUUAUAAAUGUUUUUAUUGUCAUGGGCCGGUUGAAGGUCAUCCAGAAGCAAGGAACAUUUGCAAUUUCAGCUCAGAUCAGGCCUUGCUGUUGUUUGCAGGCAUUGUCAAUAUAGACUUGUGACCAAAAGAGAACACAGGAAACCACAAAAACCACAAUGCUUACAAACAUUGGAAACGUUAGCUUAAAUGAGCGCUAUACUGACGAUUUCUAAUGUCGUCAUCACUGUCUGCCAAUCAGCUGGUCGCUACAGUGACUCCGCCCCAACCAUUCUGUUCCAAUUUUCAAUGGACCUUCAACCGAUGGGAUUCCUCAAGAGACUGUUUAGUCUAUUUUACAAGACCAGACUGUACCACUCAGUGAAAACGGGUUUUGAUAAUUCCUAAAGUUAGAACCAGAACUCACUGUGAAGCCUCUUUCAGUUUUUAUGGACCUUGCUUCCCAUAGAGGCUCCGGGCUGCAUAGUCUGCUUAUGUCUUCAAGACCAACCUUUUUAAACUGACUUUUAGCUGAAAUUUAGAAAUAUAUAUAUUUUUAUAUUUACAAUAUUUUGUGUAUUCAUAGUGCUGCUUUCACUUAUUUGAUUUUUCCAUUUUCAUUCUUUUUUCAGGUAUUUAUAUCAAUUUAUUAGGGUUUGUUCAUUUGUUGAUUGUUUGGACAGGUCCCCAAAAUAUUGUUUCACUCUUCAGAGUCAAAGCAGAUUUCUGUUUUACAUCUUAAAAAUGAAACAUUUCAUGCUUUAUCAUGUUGUAAUUGGGGGUUUGUGGGCAUUGGACGUAUUCUAUAUUUUUUGUGAGCAAAAGGUCUUUGUUUUGCUUUCGGGUUUUAAAUUGGAAAAUAUUUUAUUGUGUAAAGCACUUUGAGUUACAUACGUAUGAAAUGUGCUGUACCGAUUAAGUUUGAUUUAAUUUGAUAAAAAACAAAUUCAAACUGUU